CGGACUUUUAAUGCGAUACUGGGAUAGUGAUGAGGUAACAAUGAGGUGGCAAAUUUACUUGAAGUUUGAUGUUAACCUAUUCAAAUACUAAUUGAGUGUAUCUAGAAUACAAGGGUUGAACUAAAGAGUUGGAUAUUGUAGAAGAGCCUACUAAUAAUAAUUUUCUUUAAAUCUAUAAUCCAGAUCCUCCUCUAUUCAUUUUCCAUUUUCCAUAACUUGUAGUAUAGAUAUAUAGACGAGUAGACAAGGCCAUCCCAAGCUUCCCAGAAACAGUACUCUGUUUUGCUACAUAGGUGUGGGAUUGGUUGUUGGACUUGUCUUCGUAGGUUGAAUUGGUCAGCACCAUGAGAGCAGGAAACAAAAUCUAUCCUCCUAUAUAUUUCCACCACUCAUUUCAUUUCAGUACUUCCUUUUCCAUCCCUGUUGCUGAUAUGACCAAAACCACUCGGUUUCUCCAGUCAAACUUCAAGCUCUCUCAUUUGGACUUCUUAUUUCCCUUUUUACCCAUUUCUCUUCCAAAUUCCUUUUCCUGCCAUAUCAAUCAUUCAAUUCUAAAAGUGCCCUCACCUCCCUCAACAGGGUAUAUAAAGGAACACGUCUUCAAAAGUUUUCCUACCCAUCCAACCCAAAGACAAUUAUCCAAUCAGCUCAUCCAGUUACCCAAACACAAAAUGGAUAGUUGGGAAGACAAAAAAGCUUUGAUCACUGAGCUAACACAAGGGAUGGAGUGUGCCAAACAGCUUAGAUCCUAUUUGCACUCUCAGCCUUCCCAUUCUUCUGUUUCUUCUGAAACUCAUCGCUUUCUCUUGGAUAAGAUAGAAGCUUCUUUCCAGAUACUACUCUGUCUUCUCCAUCCACCACUUUCCACUACUGCCCCUGAGUCUUCCAUCUCUGUCGACAGAAGCCUGCCAAAUGAGGGCAUCCACAAGAGCAUGCAAGAGUUCAGAAGUAUGACGAAAAAGAGGUACCUUGCCAGAAUGCAAUCAAGAUUAUUGAGAUUCUUGUUCUAAUGAUUUCCACGUGAUUUUACUUGCAUAAGUGGACAUUGAUUAGUGUUUUUUACAGAAAGUUGUUGCCAACAUGGACAGAACAGGUUAGAGUAGGUACUGAUAAUGGACUUGAAGGUCCUCCUGAAGAUGGUUAUAGUUGGAGAAAGUACGGCCAGAAGGACAUUCUUGGAGCUAAAUAUCCAAGAAGCUAUUACAGGUGUACGUACCGCCAAAUGCACAACUGUUGGGCCAUAAAACAAGUGCAAAGAUCUGACGGCGAUUCGAGCUUAUUCGAGAUCACAUACAAAGGGGCACAUACAUGUCGACAAGUACAACCUAAGAAAAAAGAACUAGAACAACACUCAUACCACCACAAUGAUGGUCUCUUGAUACAACCAACAAGUC